AUGUCUCUUAGUUCCCCGAUCCCGCUCGUGCUGGACUUUCCCUGGCUGCAAACUGCUGAUGACAACCUUCUGGUGCCUGAUCGGAACAGUCCCGUGGGCUCCCUGCUGGCCUCCUACGGCUGGUACAUCGUGCUCAGCUGCGUCCUGUUGUUCGUGGUCUUUCAGAAGCUUUCCACCCGCCUGCGGGCCGCGAGGCAGAGGCAGCUGGACGGCGCCGCAGCUGCCGCGGAACCUGAUGAUGUUGUAAAACGACAAGAGGCUUUGGCAGCGGCCCGCUUGAGAAUGCAAGAAGAAUUAAAUGCACAAGUUGAGAGGCAUAAGGAAAAACUAAGACAGCUUGAAGAAGAGAAAAGGAGAAGGAAGAUUGAAAUGUGGGACAGCAUGCAGGAAGGAAGGAGUUACAAAGGAAACACAAGAAAGCCCCAGGAAGAAGACAGGACCCCAGAGCCUUCUACUUCCUCAACCCUCCCAAAACGGAAAUCGGACAAAAAGCCUUUGCGGGGAAGUGGUAAGUACCCCAAACCACUGCCUUAAAAAGAACACAAGGUCCUCUUGAGA